GCUAUUCGUUUUCUGUCGAGCUGUGAUGACAAUUGCGUACUUGCUGCACACUGACAAGUCGCCGUGACUUCUUUUAAGAUGUAUGAUUCGCUGUGUUGACGCAUUUUGUGAGUAAAGUAGCCGUUACCGGAGCAUACAGAUCAUCAGAUUGACUCUGAGCUUGCUAGCUGCUCUCUUUGUGUAUUUACUCCGAUGUCUUGGGCGCUUGCAAGAGACAACGACCUUCGUUGAAUAUCGUUGCAUUUUAGCAUUCUGAUCUUGAGUAUAUACAGCAACCCGAACAAGAUUUCCAGCUGAACUCUCAUUUGUCCACACUGGCCAGCAUCCACAAAAUCUACCACACCCUGCACAGGCUGAACCUGACAGAGGACGUCGGACCAGAGUCUCACGGUACAGCCUGCUGCUCCAGAGCCAUGCCCCCAAGGAAAAAGAGGAGACCCACUGCUGGAGAUGACCUGUCUGCUAAGAAGAGCCGGCAGGAUAAUGUUUACAGAAAACAGGAGGCAUUGCAAAUCCAGGAAGCCGAAGCUUUUUCUAGCAAGAGAUGUUUAGAAUGGUUUUAUGAAUAUGCAGGGUGUGAUGACGUGGUUGGACCAGAGGGAAUGGAGAAAUUCUGUGAAGACAUUGGAGUUGAGCCAGAGAAUGUGGUCAUGCUGGUAUUGGCCUGGAAGCUUGAUGCCCAGAGCAUGGGGUACUUCACUUUACAGGAGUGGCUCAAGGGAAUGGGCUCAUUGCAAUGUGACUCUACUGAAAAACUCAGGAACUCUCUAGACUACCUGAGGUCCGUCCUCAACGAUGCCACCAGUUUCAAACUCAUUUACCGAUAUGCCUUCGACUUUGCCAGGGAGAAGGAUCAGAGGAGUUUAGACUUGAAUACUGCCAAGUGCAUGCUGGGACUUCUACUUGGGAAGACCUGGCCCUUGUUUCCAGUGUUUAACCAGUUUCUAGAACAAUCUAAGUAUAAGGUUAUAAAUAAAGAUCAAUGGUGCAAUGUUCUAGAGUUCAGUAGGACUAUCAACCUUGAUCUCAGUAACUAUGAUGAGGACGGGGCCUGGCCAGUGCUUUUGGAUGAGUUUGUGGAGUGGUAUAAAGAUCGAGAGAUGUCGUAGCGACAGCUUCCCCAUGCCUACCACCAUCACCAACUAGAAACUAAUCGCCAACAAUCACCAUGACAAUGACGACAGAAACAGCUUUGAAACAAACAUCUAGAAAACAAAGUACAAAUCAAAACUGAAGUGUUUGGGACGGACUGAUGGUGGCCCCUGGCGCUGAGGGCUUGAGUGUGUGAGUGUUUGCCUAGAAUGUAAUUAUCGAUGCACAUGUUUGUAUGUCGCCCUUUUAGCCGGGGCACGUCACAGGUGGUUGACUGUUGGUGAAACAGUACCUCACCGACUCCACCUAACGCCCCCCCUCCCCUUCCCCACCCAUAGCCCACAAUGCAUUGUGGGUAAGCACAUGGCCAGCCUUGGUGCCGCCUUCCCACCCCACUGUGAUGUUUCAUAUUGCUGUGAAUGUUUCAAUAGGCUCUUAAAAGGAGGGUGACAUCAGAUCCUCCAUAGGGCAGGGUUGGUAUAAACCCCCCAUACUGUCCGAAGACAUUUAGGUAAUUUAGAUUCAUGAAGGACAGAGAAAGACAGAACGACCACCUGCUUGGCUUUUUACUGAAGGUCAGUGACUUUUUACGAAAACGUUGGUUCAAAAUGGAGACGGUGUACAGUGUCACUCUGCUGAUGUGGUCCAAACACUGUUUACUGUGGUUUUAAUAUUGGACGUCGAUGACAGUUACCAUGCUUACAUGACAACCUUUGCCAUAAGAUUUACUUUUACUCAUCUCAAUGCACUUGGUUGCCAUUUAAUAUAGCGCACCACAUACACACACAAGAGUGUCAUAGACAUUCUGCUGGAAGCACUUCCUGUGGUGCUGUAUCAGUAUCCCUUUCACCACUUUCUUGUUUAUGAGAUCAACAAGAAUAGAUUUCCUCUUCACAACAAGAAGAACGGAGGCUGUACUUAUCAAGAGCGUAGAGGUUAGUAUCCUUUUCCUGGCUGGCGUGUUCAUUGUCUUGAGGAGUGCGAGCAAGUUCAAGCCACUGCAUUGAUUAUAUCAUUUGAUUGCUUAGAAAUGUAACUAUACUGUGCAUGUGAUGGUUAAAAUGACAGGACGUGGAUCUAAAGGACAGGAUGAGGGAAAGCUGUUAAAGUGCACUUUUGAUUUCUGUGAUGGAUUGCCACAAAAAUACAAAAAGAAGGCAUCCUGCCCUAAACUCUGACACUCUUUUGGCCACAUCCUCUUCCGCAGAUCUUGUGGGCAAACGGGAACACCUUAACCCAUAGUGACCAAUGCCUAGCAACUAUUUAACAUUCUAGUUAUGUUUGUAAAACUGUUGAGUUUUGUCUAUGGCUGUGGUGCGAAGCUAACUUGUCAUCUGAACAAGAAAAAAAGCAUGCAUGCAUUCUGCGAUUAGAGCCGUCUUCGUGAGUGAAUGAAUGAGGGUUUUCCUUUUUGUACUUAUUUUUUUUUUUGCUCUCGUUUCUUUCUUUUUUUUUUUUGUAAAGGUAUUUGUAGAAGUGGUCUUUUUUUGUGCUUAAUUUGGGUAUCCGCGGUCAUGCAGUCUUAACGCUUUAUGAAAAAUGAUUGUGUGAUGGUAUUUAGAGCUUAAACACACUUGUAACCUCAUCUGUUGAGAUGUUCCUCUCUGCAUUGUCUCCUCCACCAAUUCCACAAAGUGCUAAACUACCAUGUUCAUGAAAUGAAGCAUUUCUGUAUGUCUGCAAUUGCAAAACAACUUUACUUUAUUAUAAAAGGAUUUACAAUACAGAUACAAAUUUAGUCAAAUUUAUUAACACCCAUUUUGGGAAAAAAAAAAGUUUGGUUACAAGACAUUUUGUUAAAUAAUUGUUUUUUUUUCCCACCUGAAAGAUUAAAGUUAUUCAUUAUAAAUUAUUAAUCCAUUAUUCACUCAGCAUCCAUGAAGUCAACAUUGUAUAUAUGCUGUGCAAGCUGGGUAGAAUUCAUUUGUAAAUGUCUACAAACGCCUGUCACAAUCCCAUUCACCUGCACCUGUUUGUGCCUGAGAGUAGUGGUUUAAAACGAAUGAUCUGAACAGAUAGAUGUGUUCCCGUCUCAUUAUGACUGUUGCUUUUGUUGGGAGAGUAUGUAAUGCAGAGGGUUGAGCAUUCUCAUCUGACUGUAUAUAUGUAUGGAUGUGUGCGUGUGUGUGUGUGUGUGUGUAUAUAUGUGUUUGUUUUCACUGUAACCUCUCUACAUUCAAUAUAUAUAAAGGGGUUUAUUAACGAAA